UGACUAGUUGACCUAUUACAAAUAUAAGUAUUUAUUAGCUAAUUCAAAACUAGAGAUAAAUCCAUAUUUCAUCCAACAUACAUGCAUGGCAUCCAUUAAGCCUUAUUCUUCAACCACCAAAAGAAAACUCAUAAUUUUUUCCCUUUCCUUCCUCAUUAUUUUCUUCCCCCUUGUGUUGCUUAGCACUUUGUUCUUCUCAACUCCUCAAUUUGCCUAUGUUGAACAUCUUCAAAUACAACCAUCUUCGCCUCAUUCAAAUAAUGUCGAACCACCUAAAUGGCUUAAGGUCAUCCUCGAGUCACAUAUAAGACCUGAUCAACCCUUAAAAGUGGGUUUAAUCAACUUUGAUGAUUCCGAACAGUCCCACCUAAACAAUUUAGGUGGGUCUGCACAGACUGUAACUAUAAAUCUUAAGCCAGUCUCAUCUAAUAUCACAUGGGAAAAUCUUUUCCCAGAGUGGAUAGAUGAGACUUUGCCUCAAGGUUUUUGCCCAGAGAUUCCCAUGCCGGAGCCUGGGAGAUACUCUGGACUCGAUGUAGUGGUGGCAAAUUUGCCGUGCACAGAAGUAAAGGUGGAGAAGAACAUGAAGGAGGGGAUUAGAGAUGUGCAUAGGCUACAAAUAAGCCUUGCAAUAGCUAAUCUUGUUGUUGAGAAUGGGAUUAGUAAUAGCCAAGAAAAGGAUGUGUGUGUUGUGUUUAUUGGAAAAUGUGAACCAAUGAUUGAGCUAUUUAGGUGUGAAGAUUUGAUAUUGCAUAAAGGAGAUUAUUGGGUGUAUAAACCAAAUCUAGACAAGUUAAAAGAGAUGAUUAAGAUGCCUUUUGGAAGUUGUGCUCUUCCUCAACUUCAUGCUCAAACUUCAGGUAGUCGACAAUUGCAAGGCAAUGAGAAAAUUCAGAGUUUAACAAGAGCUCCAAUUACAUACAAAGCAAAAGAAGCCUUUGUAACGAUCUUACAUUCAUCCGAAGACUAUGUGUGUGGAGCCAUCGCAUUAGCACAUAGCAUACGUCGAACCAAUACAACGAAGGACCUAGUCCUCCUUGCGGACCAUACCAUUUCUAGUCACUCCAUCUUAGGGCUUCAAGCCGUGGGAUGGAAAAUAAAACGAAUUCAUAGAAUCAAGAGCCCUAAUGCUGAGGCCGAUGCCUAUAACAAGUGGAAUUAUAGCAAGCUAAGAAUAUGGCAAUUAGUCGAGUAUGACAAACUUAUGUUUAUCGAUUCUGAUUUUAUAGUCCUACGUAACAUUGAUCAUUUCUUCAACUAUCCACAACUCUCGGCUGCACCUAAUGAUAAGUGGAUUUUCAACUCAGGAAUCAUGCUACUCGAACCAUCUAAGUGUUUUUUCGACAAUCUUAUGGCUAAACGUUACAACCUUAAGUCAUAUAACGGUGGAGACCAAGGAUAUCUAAACGAAGUAAUAACUUGGUGGCAUAGACUAACAUUGCACAUCAAUUUCUUGAAGUUUUUUGAAAAAGAUGAUAAAGAUAGACUUGUUCCUAAGGAUAUUUACACAAUCCACUUGUUAGGGACAAAACCAUGGUUAUGUUUUAGAGAUUAUGAUUGUAAUUGGGAUAGAGAAGAUUAUCAUCCUUAUGCAAGUGAUGAUGCUCAUGCUAAGUGGUGGCAAGUUUAUGAUACAAUGCCUAAAAACUUGCAAACAUAUUGUGGGAUGACAAGGAAACAAGAUAGAGCUAUGCGCAAUAGAAAAGCUAAUGCUACAAAGGUACAUCUUUCUAAUGGUCAUUGGAAGAUUCAUAUCAAGGAUCCUAGACAAUAUAACUUAAUUUAAUUUAAUUUGAUUUGAUUUUGUCUCUUUGAUGUCAACAAAUUGUAAAUUGGACAUACAAAUUGUAGUUCCAGACUUUUUUUUCAAAAAAA